AUGGCUCGCUCUCAAGCAGUUGUCCUUGCCCUCACGGCCAUCCUCUCCAUUCUUGCAGCUGCCCAAUCGCACUCGCAUUCUCACGCCGACGAGCCGGCACUCUCGUCCAUUCCCGUUGGUCCGAACUAUGACUUUACACUCGAGGAUCUAGAUAAGGACCUGCCCUUCAGUCAGCCUGUUACAUUCGCCCACCUCCCCUGGCAGCGCUGUUUUUCCGCGGCGCAUAGCUCUCCUCUCGACAUUGCGAUCGUGGGAUUUCCAUACGACACAUCGACAUCUUACAGACCUGGAGCACGCUUUGGACCUCGAGGCAUCCGUGCGGCCAGUUCCCGUGAGAAAAAGGGUCGCAGCUACAACACGGUCUGGGGCAUCGACCCGCUCACGGCGGGCAAUCUCAACAUUGUCGAUUGCGGCGACAUCCCGAUCACGCCGUUCGACGCUCAGCACGCGUUUCGCCAGAUGGAGCAGGGCUAUCGGCAGAUCUUGUGGCACAAUACUACAGCCGCAGCAGGAGAGAGCUGGAAGAGGCCACGCGUGCUCAGCCUCGGUGGGGAUCAUAGUAUCGUCCUGCCGAUCUUGCGGAGUCUAAAGGAAGUCUACGGCCCGAUCAGUGUGAUCCAUCUCGACAGUCACUUGGACACGUGGGAUCCGUAUGCCGGGUACACGGGUAUUGUAAGUGAGCAGAGCGCCAUCACGCACGGGACGUUCUUCUGGCACGCCAGUCGGGAAGGGUGUAUCAGUAAGGGGACGAGCGUGCAUGGCGGAUUGAGGACAAAGUUGUUUAGCCCGAAUGAUUAUGUGAUUGACCGGGAUGUUGUGGGGUUCACGAUAAUUGAGGCGCACGAGAUCGACGACGAGCCUGGUGGGAUGGAUGGAAUCGUAAAGCGUGUGAGAAAGGUGGUGGGCGAUACUCCGGUUUACUUGAGUAUUGAUAUCGAUGUGCUUGAUCCGAGUAUUGCGCCGGCCACGGGGACGCCUGAAUCGGGCGGAUGGACGACGCGAGAGGUUAAAAGGUUCAUCAAAGGUUUGGAAGGUGUGAGGCUGGUUGGCGCCGAUGUCGUGGAGGUUAGUCCGCCAUAUGAUACGAGUGCCGAGGUCACGAGUGUGGCGGCGAGUGAUUUGCUGGUGGAUACUCUGGCGUUGAUGGUGAAGGAUUCGGUGCUGGCAACGGGGGACGGUACGAAGACAGACACAGAGGGAAAGGAUGAGUUGUGAAGGGAAGAGGUGCCUCGGACAGCAAAGACCGCAAUAACCUCGAAACUGGGGGCGACUUUUGUCAGCCCCAAGACGAGAGCAUACUGAACGGGGAAAAGGCAGUAAGUCGUGG